GCACCCCCCAAGCCCCGCCCGGCGCUGAGGGUCUCACCUGCUGGCCCGGCCCGCGGCGCGACCCCCGCCCCGCCCGGCACCGCCACCACGGCCGCCUCCCGCAGCCUUCCGGCACCGUCCGCGGCGCAGGCGCUCGGGAUCCUUCCCGGAGCCGCCCCGUCCCUUCCUGCCCCCGCCGGAAGCGGCCGCAGCGCCCGGGAUGGCGGCGGUCGGCGGUGGCCGCGGGGCGGGCGGCAGCGGGGUAUAGCGUUGGGUUCGUCGCCAUGCCCAAGUACUACGAGGAUAAGGAGGAGGACGGGCGCGCCUGCAGCGGCGUGAGGGAGGACCUGCGGCAGUGCCUGAUGGAGAGCCCCUGCGUCCUGCAGGAAAACAAAAGCCCUAAACAGUGCUUGCGGGAAGGACACUGUAGGAGUUUGCAAGUGACAUUCUUUGCAUGCAAAAGAUCAAUGUUGGAUACCAGGGCAAGAUUCAGAGGAAGGAAGGGAUACUGAAAUCCUCAUCAAGAGACCUAGCCAUGGGAAUUUGGGGUUCAUCAGAACUCUACACAAAACAGAGACUAAAGUAAGAAGAUGGUACCUGCUGCAUCCUUUCAUGUAGUGUUUUCAUGGAAGGUAUCUAUUCCUGAGUAUUCUGACAGAUUGACCUAAAUGUGCAUUUAAAUGUUGAAAAAGAAGGCAAGCAUAAAGCUGCAAAUUCUGGCCAAAAUGGGUACCUGUCAUGUACUUGCAAUAAAAAUGUGAAAUCCAGAACAAGCUGCAGAAGUUAUCAUUCCAUUUUGAAGUGAAGUUGUCUUUUGUGACUUUGCCGUAAAUUCUGAUAAUCUUUUACUAUUAGAAAUAAUACAAGGUAUGGAACUGGAAGUUCACUUGAUGUGUUGAGGAAGAGUUUCCUUAGUAGAUGAGUAUCUCAGAGGGUUUCUCAGAAUAGAGCUAUUUUCAGAGAUGAGGAGCUGACCAAGGUUGCAAAAUGUGUGUACAAGCUGCUUCCUCUCCAGUAGAUUUGCUACCCAAUAAACCUGUAAUAGAUGGGAGUGGUGGUGUUUUUCAGUCUCACACUGCUAAGGAAUUGGGAUUUGUGGGAGUAAGAAGCAUUAAAUAAUGCUUAAACCAUGA